GGGUCGUCACAGAAGGGCGCUUGCGUAGUCGUCACGUGACCCCACAGACCGAAACAAGCAUGGCGCCGCGAAAGUGAGGAAAAACUCUGCUGUGAGUGCUUUUCCACUCAACUGCUUCAGUUAACCGCGCUUCUUAUGUAAUGGAAAGUGAUCACCGGACUGCCUUUUGUCACUUAUGUGCACUUCAGUAACACUGGAGCCGAGCAGUAUGCCUCAGAGGAAACAAACUAACACAAACGGGGACAUUCCCCCUGAAAGCCAGUUGCUGGCCGAAGACACACAGGAAGAUGCAGCCAUUGAUGUUGAGAGCUCAACUUCACUUCUGGUUCCGGUAUCAACCAGAGACAAGCAGCGAAAAGAGAGGAAAAACAAAAUCAAAACCAAAGAGAUGACAGAGGAGGAGAUGAUGGCCUUGGCUUUGCGUCUAAGCGCACAGGAAGCCAAUGUCAGUGCGCUGAGAGUGCAGCAGGAAGAAGAAGCCAUGAUGAAAGCCAUCAAAGAAAGCAUGUGUUCCCAAAGUCAGAGCAUGUUGACAGAAGCAGACUCCUUGUUGACGUGCCGCUCUCGGCACAGACGUUUACACUCAAACGGCGUGGCGGAGUCCAACGUGACAGCGUCAGGGGAUUGCUGCACCGCGGGGGCCAACCUGAGCCAAGAAAUGCCAUGUAAAGGACAAAAUAGCCGUCUGAAAAAGCAGAAAAGGAAGGAAGGCCCGUCGCCAGAGUUGACGCAAACUCACCAAAUUUGCUCUCAGGCGUCAACAAGCAGCUCGGAGUCACAGCUUGCAAUUUUGGACACAGCUCAGAGUUGUGAUACCACGCAGAUCGACAACUCCCAACACCCUAAAUCCCCUGUUUUUCCCGUGAGCACAGUCAGCGUCACUUUCACCCAACUGAACCAGGACCUCGUGGAGACCUGCAGGACCACUGGCUUUGUGUUGUGCUCUCAACUCGACCCCGAGCUAUGCAUACCCGAGAGAGACACGUCGGCAUGCCACAAAAGUCCGCUCUUCUCCGAGUCAGACGAGGGAGAUGAUACUGAAAUGCAGUAUCAUGAGUAUCUAAAAAGUCCCGUGUUUGGCAGAGAAACUCAGCAGGGCGGGUGCCCGGCAGAUGUCCUUAGUCCAGAGAGACAAAACUCAGACCUCAACUUCUCCUCUCAAGAGAGUUUCAGCCCAUCUACGAAGCUCACAUCCUGUCCACACAAAAGCCUCGUAUUCCCGAGGAGCCCCACUCCCUCAAAGCAUCUUGCUUCCUCCAAGAACUCUCAGUCAUUCUCAGAAAGCCCUGUCUUACUGGAGACAGAUGGGGAGCACAUUCUCUCAACACAGCGAGGAGCUGCAGAAGAGCUAAGCAAUGUUUCCAAACGCACCCCGGAAGCGGAGCUGACCAGUGACAUGACGCUACAGUGGUCUGAAGAAGAUGAGGAAGAGACGCUGGUGAUAUCACCUAGUCCAAUUUUCCCAGAGGAGAGGCGUUUUCGUACAUCAGAAGCUCAAGCAGCUAGUCAGAACCACGUAGCUGGAGAUGAAGCAACCCUCGGGACAAAUACUUCAAGCUGCAGCCUGAGCACUCAGGAGCCUUUGUCCACCCAGCCAACGGUUCACUACUAUUGGGGCGUUCCCUUCUGUCCGAGAGGCCUGGAUGCGGACGCCUACACACAGGUGAUCCUGACGCAGAUGGAGGUGUAUGAGAAGAGCUUGAAGGAGGCUCGGAGGAGUCUGCUAAGGAAGGCUGAGUGGGGAGACGCCAUCGUGCCGCAGGCAGAGAAAUGCCCAUCACCUGAAUCAUCUCAACGACACAAAGUUCCUCGAAGACGUGGUCUAAGAAUGAGGGACCGAAAGCUCAGUGACAGCGUUCCGGUUGAGCCUGAAGAGGAAGAGGCAGAGGAGGAGGAGGCGACGGUGGCAGUGGAGGAAGAGGAGGAGGAGGAAAAGAAGCAUCAUCAGCAGGAGGAGGAGCAGGAAAAAGAGCUGGAGGAUGAUGAGACUGACUGUGGAGAAGGAGAUCAGCUGGGUACUGAUGACUGUGUGGUUUGUCCUGGUACUGAGAUGUUUUAUUACACUUCCAGACUGUAGUAUCUAGUCCAGGGGUCGGCAACCUUUACUAUGAAAAGAGCCAUUUUACCCCCUUGCCCACUGAAGAAAAAUAGCCUGGAGCCGCAAAACAAUGUUUAAAACAACAUUGGAGGGAAUUUGGGGGUAUCAAAGUAGUUCAGAUAAGAAAAGACGAGUUGGAGUACUCUUGCUAGUAUUGGAGAUAAACUUACAUAAAUUUAUGUGUAAACUACUGUAAACCUACCGGAUUUGUUUACUCUGGCGCAAACAAGUUCCCAUGCCGCUGUUUUUAAAUGAUCUCUAAUUUAUUUUUUAGAAUUGUCAAAUAGCUCUGAGAAAGUAUUACUUAUUUUCCUUCAUGUUUACCAUAAAUAGCAUCCUGUCUGCUCAUCCUCAUCCAAUCACCGGUCAGAACUCAGUCGGGAUGCAUUCAUGGUCUCACACAAAGUUGGAUUUUUUUAAACUCAUUACAAAAGACGUGCAUUUUCCCCACUCGGGUGUUAAAAAAUAGGGAGCCACAACAAAGAGGCUGAAGAGCCACAUGCGGCUCUGGAGCCGCGGGUUGCUGACCCCUGAUCUAGUCCAUGCCUGCAUAACGAGUGUCCCUUUUU